CUCCCGGCGGCCGGUCGGACGGGGAGGGCGCCCGCGGGACAGUCAUCUCUUUGGAAAGAUGGUUCUUCAUUUCAACUCCCUUUUUGGCUUCCCUGUCAUACUCCUGUACCACUGGAUGGGUUCAACUGUGUCUUUGAAUCUGGAAGAUCCCAAUGUGUGUAGCCACUGGGAAAGUUACUCAGUUACAGUGCAAGAGUCAUAUCCACAUCCUUUUGAUCAGAUUUACUAUACCAGUUGUACUGACAUCCUAAACUGGUUCAAGUGCACACGACACAGGAUCAGUUACCGUACUGCCUACAGACAUGGUGAGAAAACGAUGUACAGGCGCAAAUCCCAGUGCUGCCCUGGAUUCUAUGAAAGCAGGGAAAUGUGUGUCCCUCACUGUGCUGAUAAAUGUGUCCAUGGCCGUUGUAUUGCUCCCAACACCUGUCAGUGUGAGCCUGGCUGGGGAGGACCCAACUGCUCCAGUGCCUGCGACAGCGACCACUGGGGACCCCACUGCAGCAGCCGCUGCCAGUGCAAGAAUGGGGCCCUGUGCAACCCCAUCACUGGGGCCUGCCACUGCUCUGCAGGCUUCAAGGGCUGGCGCUGCGAGGAGCGCUGUGACCCUGGCUCCUACGGCAACGACUGCCACCAGAAGUGCCAGUGCCAGAACAGAGCCACCUGCGACCACGUCACCGGCGAGUGCAGGUGUCCCCCCGGAUACACCGGCGCCUUCUGUGAGGACCUGUGUCCCCCCGGGAAGCACGGCCCACAGUGUGAGGAGAGGUGCCCAUGCCAGAACGGAGGCGUCUGUCACCACAUCACCGGGGAGUGCUCCUGCCCGCCAGGAUGGAUGGGCAUGGUCUGUGGUCAGCCUUGUCCUGAGGGUCGUUAUGGGAAGAACUGCUCCCAAGAGUGCCAGUGCCACAACGGAGGCACCUGUGACUUGGCGACGGGCCACUGCCACUGCAGCCCAGGCUACACAGGGGAACGAUGCCAGGAUGAGUGCCCAGUGGGAAGCUAUGGGCUGCUUUGUGCAGAGACCUGCAAGUGUGUGAAUGGUGGGAAGUGCUACCACAUCAAUGGUGCCUGCCUCUGUGAGCCAGGCUACACCGGGCCGCACUGUGAAACCAGGCUCUGCCCCGAAGGAAUUUAUGGCCUCAAGUGUGAUAAAAAGUGUCCCUGCCACAUGCCCAACACCUGGAGCUGUCACCCCAUGUCUGGGGAAUGCUCCUGCAAGCCAGGCUGGUCUGGGCUGUACUGCAACGAGACAUGUUCCCCGGGCUUCUACGGGGAGUCGUGUCAGCAGAUCUGCAGCUGCCAGAAUGGGGCUGACUGCGACAGUGUCACUGGGAAGUGCACCUGUGCCCCUGGAUUUAAGGGUGCAUCUUGUGGUACCCCUUGUCUCCCUGGGACAUAUGGAGUGAACUGCUCCUCCGUGUGCAGCUGCAAAAACGGAGCCACCUGUUCACCUGUGGAUGGCUCUUGUGCCUGCAAAGCAGGUUGGCAUGGUGUGGAUUGCUCCAUAAAUUGCCCCAGUGGCACGUGGGGACUGGGCUGUAACCUGACCUGCCAGUGUCUUAAUGGAGGGGCUUGCAAUGCUCUGGAUGGAACCUGUACCUGUGCCCCAGGAUGGAGGGGAGAGAAAUGUGAACUCCCUUGCCAGGAUGGUACCUACGGCCUGGACUGCGCCGAGCGCUGUGACUGCAGCCACGCGGACGGGUGCCACCCCACCACGGGCUACUGCCGCUGCCUCCCGGGAUGGUCAGGUAUUCACUGUGACAGUGUGUGUGCUGAGGGACAGUGGGGUCCAAAUUGCUCCUUGCCUUGUUACUGCAAAAAUGGAGCAUCCUGCUCUCCAGAUGAUGGGAUCUGUGAGUGUGCACCAGGAUACAGAGGCACCACUUGCCAGAGAAUCUGCUCGCCGGGGUUCUACGGCCACCGCUGCAGCCAGACCUGCCCCCAGUGCGUGCAUAGCAGUGGCCCCUGCCACCACAUCACUGGCCUGUGUGACUGCCUGCCUGGAUUCACAGGAGCCCUCUGCAAUGAAGUAUGUCCUAGUGGCAGAUUUGGGAAGAACUGCGCUGGAAUAUGCACCUGCACCAAUAAUGGGACUUGUAAUCCUAUUGAUAGAUCCUGUCAGUGCUACCCUGGAUGGAUUGGUAGUGACUGCUCUCAGCCUUGCCCACCUUCCCACUGGGGACCAAACUGCAUCCACACAUGCAACUGCCACAAUGGAGCAUUCUGCAGUGCCUACGAUGGGGAGUGCAAGUGCACCCCAGGCUGGACUGGCCUUUACUGCACACAGAGGUGUCCCCUGGGUUUUUUUGGGAAGGACUGUGCCUUGAUCUGCCAGUGUCAGAACGGAGCCGACUGUGACCACAUCAGCGGGCAGUGCACGUGCCGGACGGGCUUCAUGGGGCGGCACUGCGAGCACAAGUGUCCCCAGGGCACAUACGGGUAUGGAUGCCGCCAGAUCUGUGACUGCCUGAACAACUCCACCUGUGACCACAUCACGGGAACCUGCUACUGCAGCCCAGGCUGGAAAGGGGCCAGGUGUGAUCAAGCUGGUGUAAUUAUAGUGGGAAACCUGAACAGCCUGAGCCGUACCAGCACUGCCCUCCCUACUGACUCCUACCAGAUAGGAGCCAUAGCUGGCAUCAUCGUUCUUGUCCUGGUUGUGCUCUUCCUGCUGGUGCUGUUCAUCAUUUACAGGCAGAAGCAGAAAGGGAAGGAGACACACAUGCCCACAGUGACCUACACCCCUGCUAUGAGGGUCAUCAAUGCAGAUUACACCAUUUCAGAAACCAUCCCUCAUACCAAUGGUGGAAAUGUCAACAGCCACUAUUUCUCUAACCCCAGUUACCAUACUCUGACUCAGUGCUCCAGCCCACCUCAUGUCACCAACAUGGAGAGACUGACCUUGGCAAAGGCAAAAACUAGCCAGCUGUUUGUGAACCUGAAAAAUAUGGAGCCUGGAAAACGAAGUGCUGUCAUGGACUACACAGGAACACUGCCAGCAGACUGGAAACACGGUGGCUACCUCAAUGAGCUUGGUGCUUUUGGACUUGAUAGGGGAUAUAUGGGGAAGUCCCUGAAAGAUCUGGUGAAGAACUCGGAAUACAAUUUAAGUAAUUGCUCACUGAGCAGCUCUGAGAACCCCUAUGCUACUAUCAAAGACCCACCAGCUCUGGUGCCAAAGAGUUCAGAAUGUGGCUACGUGGAAAUGAAGUCCCCAGCACGUCGCGACUCCCCAUAUGCCGAGAUCGCCAGCUCUGCCACAGCCAGCAAGAACGUCUAUGAAGUUGAGCCCACGGUGAGCGUUGUCCAAGGCGCGUUUGGCAGCGGUGGCGGGCGCCUCAGCCAGGAUCCCUACGACCUCCCAAAAAACAGCCACAUUCCAUGCCACUAUGACCUGCUUCCUGUCAGAGAGAGCCCCACACCCUCCACAGAGGGGGUCAGCAGCAAAUGACCCCGCAAGGAGCUGAUGCCUACAACCCUGGGACUCUCAAGGGGCAGAGUGGCACAGUCGUGCUCCUUCCUCUCUGGUUUACCAUCUUUCUUGGCUUCUGAUCUGUCCUGAAGAAAAUUGCUGUACCUUAAGCAGAAUCUCAGCAUGAGUUCAAGGUACCUCUGGGCAGAGCAAGAGGAUCAAAGUAAGAAUUCACAUUCAAGAAUUCUGUCAGGGGUGAUUAAAAAAUACCUAACAGUUCAGAGUGAUUAAUUCAGGGGAAGAAAAUCAAGGUGUUUUUUGUUAAGAAUGACAAGAACACAGAAGUAGAAAAACAGUUCCUGCUUAAAGUUUAGCUUAUUCUGCUGAUCAUGUGGAUGGAGACCCAUCUUCCCAAAACAGCCCCUUUUUCCAAAAGAAGCUUUCAGUCCUUCCAAAAUAGUCUAUUACGAGCUGCACAAUUCAGUGGAAAUUAAAUUCACCAAGGGAUCCGUCCAUUUGACAUAGUUUUCCCCAAACAUGUCAACCUAAAGAUAAUGUGGUUGUUGUAGACUAGACACCCUCUUUCAGUGAAAAGAUACUUUUAGGAAGCUGAGAGUGAGGUGCCAGCAUUUAACAUGACCUGGCAGUGCUUCUGUAGCACCUUGUCCUGAGGGUUGGUGUGUCACUGAUUGAUGGGGAGAAGGAUCCUGGCUAUUCUGUAGUUCCCUGGGCAUUCUGUUACAUCCCUGGAAUAAAGAAUUCCAUUACCUUUGGAUUUGGAAAGUACAGAUAUUACCGAGAAGAUUUCUAAGGCUGCUUGCCAUUUAAUCGCUGUCUAAGAUGAAGUCUUGAUUGGGUUUGUAUCCAUGUAGAUAAAAUGUAGAG